AUGGCCAACUUUCCGUCUCUGUUCUCCCACCUGCUGCUGCUGCUGCUAAUGUUGCAGCAUUCCGAUGGUGUUCUAUUGCAGCAGCAGCCCCUUGUUCUGGAGUACCACAGAGGCCGCCUCCUCGAGGGCAAUCACACCGUCAACCUCCUCUUCUAUGGCCGCUUCUCCCCGUCUCAGCGAUCCAUCGUUGCCGACUUCGUCCCCUCUCUCUCCCCCGCUUACCCCUCCCUCCCACCGCCCUCCGCGGCCUCCUGGUGGCACACGACCUCCCUCCACGACGGCGGUGGCCCCGUCCGUCUCUAUCUCGGCCCGCAGAUCCUCGACGAGGGCUACACCCGGGGGAAGAGUUCAAAUAACCCACAUCAGAUGGAGAAAAGUCGUCAGGCUCCGUCACAGUACAGAAAGACCUUUCUCCCCCAUCGCCAUUGA